GCGCAGCUCCUUGUGGGCUGAGGCAUGCACGCGCAGGCAGCAGACGCCGGUCAGUCCGCCGCGUGCGCGCGAUCCGCCGCGGUCUGCUGACAGUAAACAGCGGCGGUUUGUAGGCGGGGCUUCCUCCGGCUGCUUAUCUCGGCGUGCAGCGUCAAGCCGCUGUCGGUUCCGAUAAGGAGGCGAGCUCGUUGUCUUCAGUCUCCUGCAGAACCUCUGCUCAUCUGCUGGGUUUGGACCGGACCCCCAGCUGCAGGCCGCGCUGCAGCACAAAGGCGACACUGUAAGGUUGAAUCGUUACACGUGGCGCCAUGAUGACGAUACGGCGAAGAGGCUGCAGUCCCCUCCUCUGCCUGUGGGCUUCACUUUUGCCUCUGGUCGCCCCACACGGUCAGAUCCAUCACGAGCCACAUGUAGAGGGUUGGCCCAAACUGCUGCUUGUGUCCUUUGAUGGCUUCCGCUGGGACUACAUCGACCGCGUUCCAACGCCUAAUUUCCGCAGCAUCAUGGACGAGGGAGUGAAGGUGGAGAACGUGGAGAACAUUUACAUCACCAAAACCCUUCCCAACCAUCUGACUUUGGUGACGGGGCUGUACGCUGAGACGCACGGCAUAGUGGCGAACGAGAUGUACGACCCCAUCCUGAAUCAGUCUUUCUCCAUGGAGACGGACAGCAUCUAUGACUCCAGGUGGUGGGAACAGGCCGUGCCCCUCUGGGUGUCAGUUCAGAAAGCUGGAGGGCGGAGUGGGGCGGCAAUGUGGCCAGGGUCAGACGUGAAGAUCCACGGCACGUACCCCAGUCAGUAUCUGGAGUACAACUCCUCCGUCUCCUUUGAAACCAGAGUGCAGAAGAUCAUUGAGUGGUUUUCUGCUCCUGAGGAGGAAGCGGUUGAUUUUGGAGUUCUGUAUUGGGAGGAGCCUGAUGAAAGUGGGCACACCUUGGGUCCUCAGAGUCCCCUGAUGGAUGCGGUCAUCGCAGGGAUCGACGAGAAGCUUGGCUUCCUUUUGAAUGAGCUAAAGAGGUCUGGGCUGGAUGAGAAAGUGAAUCUCAUAGUAACGAGUGACCAUGGGAUGGCACAGCUCUACCCGGAGAAGAUCAUAGAACUGGACGAGUAUGUGGAAAGAGACACGUACAGCUGGGUGGACAAGAGCCCAGUGGUGGGAAUUCUGCCCAAAGAAGGGAAGCUUGAAGAGGUCUACAGUUUGCUUGUGGACGCAAACCCCAACAUGGUGGCGUACAGGAAGGAGCACAUCCCAGAGCGCCUCCAUUACCAGCACAACGUCAGGAUCAUGCCCAUCCUGUUGGAGGCCAAGGAGGGCUGGACCAUCAUGCAGAACAGGACCGAACACUUCAUGUUGGGAAACCACGGCUAUGACAACACCCUACGCAACAUGCAGCCCAUUUUUGUGGCUCGUGGGCCAGGCUUUCAGCAGAACUAUGUCAAGUCCUCCAUGCGCUCUGUUGACCUGUACCCCCUGAUGUGCCACAUCCUGUCCAUCCGUCCCCUACCAAACAACGGCUCCCUUCUGAACGUCCAGGACCUUCUCUCAUCACAGCCAACCCCUUUGGCCCCUACUCCAGCCCACCCUUCUGGUCCUCCAAAGCCUAGCAGGUACUCCUACGCGCCGGUUGUGGGCUCUUUCAUUGGUGUCCUACUGGUGCUGGGCUUUCUGGUGGUCUACAUCAUAGUAGUGACUCUAAAUCAACAGCCAGUGCUAAAACACAGGAGCUGGGAGAUGUCGCAGCCCUUACUGCAAGAAGACAUACAACUGUAGCUGAGGAAGCUGAAAGAAUGUCACUCAGUAUUCAGUGAACUCAGUAACUCAGUAUUUUGCAGAAGUAUUCCUUAAAUAUUUCUCAUUCCCUAACAGGCUGUGCUGCUCUUUCUAUUGAUUUGUAAGGAAGAGAACCUGCAGAAACCUCAUCAUCUAAUGUAGCGAUAAGCGUUGAAGUAGAGAUGCAUUUAAGGAAUUUACUUCUGGUACAGACUUAAUCUUUUCUUGGGUUUUUAGUGGCUUUGCUUUGAUUGUGAAUUUCUCAACAUUAUCAUAGUCAGUAGGUGAAGAAUCAUUGUAGUUCUAAAACGUGUGCAGCUUAUUUGGUGACCGAAACUAUGACUUUUAAAAAAGAGAAAUCAGAGGAGGACUACGUCCAAAGUAAGCUUUGUCGCCAAAAGUGUGACUUUCCUUAUGGGCCAGUUCAUGUUUUCUAAGUAUUCCCAGGGGUCUUGCAGGAAGCCCCCUUAUGGAGCUUGGACAAAUCAAAAACUUUUUUUUUUUAUUGCUCCAGUUGAUUAUUUCCUUUCCUGCGCAAACAAGUCAAACGUUAUGCUUUAGAUUGUCCUUUGUGACUUGACUGGUGUGGCAUCUCUUCCUGCUUGGCUGCUAAUGUGAUCUCCAUGACGACCAGCAGACUUGAGUCAGUGGUGCAUUUAAGAUGUAGCAUUAUUUCCUUGUUUUUCUACGUCUCAAAAGGGAAAUAUGCAGAAGGGACGUAAACUUCUUCCACAACCCCUCCUAAUCUUGUGGGCAAUGUGGUCGAUGCUAGCAUUAAAGCCUUAGUCGAAACUCCCCUUAUGGGUGGAUACGGGCUGUCUGUGGGUAUAAAUGGGUUGAAUGGGUCACAGAGGUUUCCUCACAAGAAAUAUCAAUAUCAAGGUCUUUGCCAUCCAACGGGUACUUACAAAUUACCUGCAAACUAUGCGUGCUGCAUUUAUGGGUGAUAAAUAAGGGGCUGUUUCUUUACCAACGACUAAAGUGUAGCGUAUGGACACCGUAUGACACCUAUACACAUGCGAUAUAAGUGCUUGUAACUUACAUCAGCAUGAUGUCCUUUAAAGAGAUCUUACGAGCCUCAAAGGAGCUGUAAGACACACCCACCCGCCAUUUACGAUGCUGUCAUGUCUGAAGCAGUAGAAAGCUGCCUGAUAAAGAACAAACCGUAUGUUGAUUUAAAGGAAGGUGGUGAAAUCCAGAAAUUGGUAUGGUUAGUGGUCAGUGCUGUCCAAAAGUUGAAGGUUAACCAAGGGAAUGAGCAACUUGGAAGAGGAAGACAACUAGAAUCAGUAACGUUUAAGAGGCCAGAGUAAUCUCUUCAUGGGCUCAAUGCCUCAUGAUGUUAGUUGAUGAACUGGCAGGUGAGGGCUGGCAAAACAGUCUUAAAAAGACCCAUGGUUAGAUGGGUUGCAGGUGUAUGUGGAGUAAUGCAGCACACCUGUGGGGACAAAAUUGAAAAACAACAGAAAAGGCCAGAAGAUAAGACAAGUAGCAAUGACCAGAAGAGGGAGACAGAAAGACAGGGACCUGACAAACCACGACAGUUGUGGCCGCUCCUGUCUGCGACCCUCUUUGGGCCUGUACAACCCAAAAAGCUGCAGCCCUCAUACAGGUGCAGGGGACUAAGGCUUAAGGGGAAGGGGAAGAUUUGCAUGGUCUGACCACACGCAGGAUCCAAAACCACUUGGUAGAAACCAUGAACUGGCUUUUAUGAUCAUACCACAGGUAGGUAAGAUUGUUGUUUUGAGCAGGGACAACAGCAACAGUUGAUGAAAUGGGGAAAACUGUGCAAACCCUCAGACAAUCCUGCCUUCAUGGCAUUCAAAGUUACGCAAACCUGAAGUGUCGGACAGGAUCCAGACCCCGAGCCUUCUCUCUACUUUCCUGAACGUUUUGCAAGUUGCAGAAAUUGUGAUCAGACUGCACAACAGCAGCUUUCGGAAGCAUUUAAUUCAGCUGACAUUUUCAAAUCUAUGCAACGCAGAUUUGUAUGUCACAAAGUAAAGAAGAACCAAAGUCUUUUUACUCCCACUGAAUUAAGACUAAACUUCCAACGCUGUGAUUACUGUAGAGUAUUCUGAGAGUUUCGUGAAACAUGCCGUGGUCACUGUUGCUUCUAAGUAUUUGCAGGAAAUAAGUGUUCAACUGAAGACUCACGCCUUGCUCAAUGAGCUGAUAACAUCACCUUUAGGAAGCUACCAUUAGCCUUUAAACUGAACGUAGAAAAUCUCUUUAGAGUGUUCAUUUCUUUGUGUGUCAUUCUGUCUUUUGUGGAGUUUGUACUCUUGUACUGCCCUCAUCUGCAUCGGCUGUCCCCACCAUCGCCAUCAUGUUUGUAAAAUGUGAAGUGCAAUUGCUCAGCAAGCUGUCGUAGAGAUUUUAGCUUUCGUUGUUUGGUUGAUAAAAACUUCUUUUUGGGCAUGAGUUGCAGGAUUUUUGCACUACUGGGUUGGAGGAGCGUGAAGGGGUAAUCGGUGGUGGCUUUUUAAGGACAAGUGGCCUGUAAUUUGCACUUAUAGUUUGCUGUUGCUGUUUUAAACAAAGUACUGUACGUUUGUCCUGCUUUAAAGACCCACUCCGAUUAAAUCGAGAUUAAAAAUGUAUUUCCAAGUAUUUCUUUAUCCAAAUUGAUGUGAAUCAGGAGUAGACAACAAAAUACAAGUAAUAAUAAGCUACCGUCCCGUCCACAACUCGGGGGUAAAUUUCUGAUGAACUCCUGUGCAGAAACUAUGUCCUAGAAGUUUUUGAAUAAAAAUGGCAUAAUCAUAAUUACCCCUGAGAAUGCUUUGAAAAUAGAUCAAAAGAUAAUCGGAGUGGGACUUUAAGCCUUUUCAAUUAGCUUAACUUUAGAAGUAAGAAAAAGAUGUCGAAUCCAAAUUGAUUCACAUAUUUUCAGCACCUUAAAUGCACCUGCUGUAAUCCUGCCCUAAAAAAAAGACAGACAUCACUGUGAUAAACACUUUAUACACAAAUUGAAAGCAUUUAUAUGUCAAUUUUUGGAUCAUUUUAACCUUUUUAAGUCAGAGGUGUCGUCUGAUAGAUCCCCUCAAUUUGUUGGGAGAUGGAAAAUGAUACCAGAAUAUAUUUCAAAGUACCUGAUCCUGAGAUAUUUGACACAAAAGAGAUGUAUAAUUUUAAUAUUUCCUUGGAUUUGAAAUGUGGAUCUUUAAUAUCACUGAUAAAUAGCUAUCUUUGCCAUGUUGGUGCAGCUGUAAAGUCUUCUGAAAAUAAAAAGGACUUAU